AUGCCCAAAGAUGCUUUCUCCGACUGGGUCAAGCCAAAGAGGGGGUUUGGAAGAGCAUGCACCAGCUCGAGGAGUGUCCAGCUCCGACUCAGCGGCAGAAAGGCCAUCGGUCUCCAGUGGAUCUGGGAUUGGCAUGACACGCGGAGUGGCCGGAAUAUUGGCUGCGCUAUCACUGUCCAUUGGCCUGGGUCCGAAGGUGGCGAUGCCGGCGGUGUCUCGCAGCCCGUGUUGUCGAACGGCGUUUCUCGAAAAGACAAGAAUCUUGACGGCGACAAAGAAAGAGCUGGGUCACUUCCCGUCGAGUGUUCGGAGACGUUCACCUCCACACUGCUUUCGGAUUCCCGGUUCGUGCAUGAUCGGAUAAGGAUGGGGAGUGGCGUUUUGUGCGGUUGA